GUAUCACCCUAGAAUCGUACGUUGAAUAGGUUCGUCUUGGCCAUGGAAGGAGACAUGCUAGCGAUCGGCAUAGAUCUCGGCACAACCUACUCCUGUGUCGGAGUAUGGCGGAACGGUCGUGUGGAGAUCGUCGCCAAUGACCUGGGAGACCGCACCACGCCAUCCUGUGUCGCCUUCACCAAGAACGACAAGCUCGUCGGCGAGGGGGCUAAUAUUCAGGCCGCGCGUAAUGCAUCCAACACUGUCUUCGAUGUCAAGCGGCUCAUCGGCCGGAGUUUCUCUGAUGCGUCGGUGAAGACGGAUGCCAAGUAUUGGUCAUUUCAGGUGACGGAGGGCAGCAACGACAAUCCCAGGAUCAAGGUGAGUUACCUUGGGAAGGAGAAGGAGUUCUCGCCGGAGGAGAUCUCCGCCAUGGUGCUCGAGAAGAUGAAGGCGACAGCUGAGGUCUUCCUUGGAACGACCAUCCAGGAUGCAGUGGUCACUGUGCCAGCUUACUUCAACAACUCCCAGCGCAAGGCGACCAAGGAUGCUGCCACCAUUGCCGGCCUUAAUGUCUUGCGCGUUAUCAACGAACCUACAGCGGCUGCCAUCGCCUACAGCCUUGAGAGGAAGUGGGGAAACGCCAAACAGAGCAUUGUGCUAGUGUAUGACUUGGGCGGUGGGACGCUGGAUGUAUCCCUCGUCGUUGUCAAGAAAGAUGUCUUGCAGGUCAUGGCUACCUCCGGGGACAGCCACCUAGGAGGCGAGGAUUUCACCAACAAUAUGGUUGAUCAUUUCGUCAACGAAUUUAAGAGGAAGAACCACAAAGAUAUCAGGGGCAACAAGAAGGCGGUCCGGAAUCUGAGGAACUCGUGCGAGAAGGCCAAGAGGAUGCUCUCCUCCCAGGCCCAGACCGUUGUGGAUAUUGAAGCUCUUUUUGAGGGCAUCGACUUCCACGCACCCAUCAAUUGCGCCCUGUUCGAGCAUCUCAACGAGGACCUCUUGCGCAGAUGCAUGAAGCCCGUUGAGACGUGCUUGGAGGACGCCAAGGUGAACAAGGUAAAAGUGGACGAUGUUGUGCUCGUGGGGGGUUCCACACGUAUCCCCCGCGUGCACAAGCUCGUCAAGGACUUCUUCAAUGGGAAGGAGCCCUGCCAGAGCAUCAACGCCGACGAGGCCGUCGCAUACGGAGCCACCGUCCUGGCCGCCAUGCUCACUGACCACAAGAAGCAUGACAUCCACCUGCAUCUCAUCGACGUCACGCCCCUCUCACAGGGCAUAAGGGUCAAGGGAGAUCUCAUGACCGUGAUGAUCCCGAGGAAUACCACCAUCCCCGCAACGAUGGAGUACACCUUCGAUACAAGUGUGGACAACCAGUCCGGCAUGUCUUUGGACGUGUACGAGGGUGAGCGGGCCAUGACAGCCGACAACAGCAUGCGUGGCAGGCUCACGCUUUCAGGCCUCACGUUGGCUCCUAAGGGGGUCACUAAAGUCAACGUGCGGUUUGACAUUGAUGAAGAAGGGAUCCUCCAUGUCUCGGCAGAAGACAAGAAGUCCGCUCAGAAGGAGAAGAUAACCAUCAUGCAUGACGUGGGGCGUUUUAGCAUGGAGGAGAUUCAGAGAAUGGUGAAGGAGGCCCAGGAGUACAAGGCCGUGGAUGAGGAGCACAAGAACAAGGUACAAGCACGGAACGACAUUGAGGGUUUGCUAUACAAGAUGUGCAACACUCUCAAGCUCCAGGACGCAGUUGAUGAGGCUACAAGCUGGCUCCAAGACAACGAGCUCACCACCAGCCAGAUUAAUGACAAGAAGAAGGAGCUCGAACGCAUCCACGAUAGCACUGUCACCGGUCAGACUAGUACACCAUGAAAACAACUAAGGCUCUCCCAAUAUGUUCAGUCAUUUAUUUAUUUAUUUUGCUAAUGACUUGCUGCAAAAUAAAUGCUAUAUCAAAGUGUUUUUCCUUUUAUG